GAAAAGUUUUGAUGUCAUUGAUUUAUCGUGCAUUUUAUAAACAUUAUUAUUUUGGUACUCCAGAAGAAAAAGAUAACAAAUUUAUUAAACAAGAAUUAACUGGAAAAUAUAUUACCACUGUUAAAGAAAAAAGAUAUUUUAAAUUGGUACUUGAAACAGCAAUAGAUAGUAUAAAACAACAAGCUAAACAAUAUAAACAAGAAGAAAUUUUUAAAAAA